AUGAAGGCUAACAGCUUUCUCAUUGCCCUCCUCCCAACCGCCCUAGCCAUCCCCCUCCCCACACCAAAUGAAGGCGCUACAAGCCUCUCAGAAAGCCAGCGCCUCCAGUCUAUCACCGACGAGCUUAUGUUCGGCCUCGAGCUGCCCGACUUCACAGCUCGCAGAGAGGCAAACGACCCUCCUCAGUUAGACUGGUACUCUGAUGGCUGCACAAGGGCUCCGAGUAACCCUCUCGGAUUCCCCUUUCAAAGGGCGUGUGAACGCCAUGACUUCGGUUACCAGAACUACCGAAUACAAGGGCGCUUCACCAAGGCCGCAAAAGCGCAGAUAGAUCUUAGAUUCAAAGAAGAGUAUGAUUUCCCUUUCGUUCCUUCCUUCUCCCCUGGAAUCUGCUUCUGUUGA